AUGCCCAUGCACAAAGGCUGGCUGCCCCGUGAGGGCUUCACAGUCGACGUGGUCGCCCGGCUCAUCGGCCGCACGGCGCUGAACCCGCUGUUCCUCGCGCCUCUGCUCCUGCUCGCCCGCCUGACCAAGCGCGGCGAGGACCUGUCCAUCCUGCACCCGCAGGCCUACUCGCGCACCCGCCUGCUCUUCUUCCUCGGCGUCGCCCGCUGGCUAAACGCCUACUGGUCCCGCGGCGCAGAGAACAACUGGGUCCGCGACGACACCUACGACUGGGUGCGCCGCGAGAUCGUCGUGGUGACUGGCGGCGCGGGAGGCAUCGGCGGGCACAUCGUGCGCCUGCUGGCGGAGAGAGGGGUCAAGGUCGUGGUGUUGGACAUCCAGCCGCUGAGUUAUGACGCCCGUGAGCAGCCAAGCCCCCGAAUGCUGACCGUGGGAGGAUAUAAACUGACCCAUGCAAACCGGGAAAAAGCUCCCCACGUCCACUACUACAAGUGCGACAUCACCUCCCCGAGCGCCAUCGCCGCCGCAGCCGCCCUCAUCAGGCAGGACGUCGGCACGCCGACGGUGCUCAUCAACAACGCCGGCGUCGCCCGCGGCAAGACCCUCCUCGGCGCCUCGGAGCGCGACAUCCGCUUCACCCUCGACGUCAACUGCCUCGCCCACGCCUGGACGGCGCGCGAGUUCCUGCCGGCCAUGGUCGCCGCGGACCACGGCAUGGUCGUCACCGUCGCCUCGUGGGCGGCCUGGCUGUCCGUGCCCGAGAUGGGCGACUACGCGGCCUCCAAGGCCGGCGCGCGCUCCCUGCACGAGUGCCUCGCCGCCGAGCUGCGGACGCGGUACGCCGCGCCGCGCGUGCGCACCGUGCUCGUCGCGCAGGGCCACACGCGCACGGCGCUGUUCGCGGGCUACGCCGAGGGCGGGCGCUUCGUGCUGCCGAGCCUCGAGCCCGAGACCGUGGCCGAGGCCGUCGUGGCGCAGGUGCUCACGGGCCGCGGCGGGCAGGUCAUCGUGCCCGGGUUCGGCAACCUGCUGGCCGGCAUGGGCGGGUGGCCCGCCUGGAUGCAGAUCGGGCUGCGGAACGCGUGCGAGAAGCUCAUGACGAAUUUCGCCGGGCGGCAGGUCGUGGAGGACCUGGAUGGGUUCUACAAGGGGCGCGAGGGGGAGAAGGGCGGUGCGGGGGCUGAGGAGAGUGCGGUGCUUGUGCCGGAGUAG